AUGGCCGAAGCCGAAUUCCAAAGAGAAAACUCCGUCACCGAGACGGAUUCCGCCGGCCGUUCCGUCAUCCAGGAUCCCGCCCAGACUGCUCAGGCGGGUCUUGGCGCAGACGAAAAGAAAGACAUGCUCGAAGUUUUGAAAGGUGACCUCUCAAGACUAGAAGGGAAAGUUAAUGAGUUGGACAAAAAAGUAAUCACCAAUGAUGAGAAGAUUGAUACUCUGGUCGGCUUGGUGGAGGCAAGGAAGCGAUGA